CGCACCGAGAGUGUGAUGGCUCAUUGUAUUUGGCGAUAAGAUUAAAAUGAUUCACAGCCACAAAGCGUUUCAGAACUUCGACAUGUAUACAUAUAAAGAGAGCUAUCUUGCAGCUCUUGUUUCUGCUUCACAUCAUAUCUAUUCAUUAAAAACUGUGUUUCCGUUUUCUGGAGCUCACUGAUUAGAAGCAAAAAUGGCGGAACCAAAGCAGAGUGGCAUAAAGGACAAUAGGUGGUCACUCCAUGGCAAGACGGCACUUGUGACAGGAGGCACCCGAGGCAUUGGACAUGCCAUCGUAGAGGAACUGGCAGAAUUUGGCGCAGCUAUUCAUAUAUGUUCACGAAAGCAAGAUGAUAUUGAUAAGUGUGUGGAAGAGUGGAAGAAGAAAGGAUUCAACGUCACUGGUUCAGUCUGCGAUGUCCAACAUAGCCACCAACGCCAGAACCUUAUGGAAACUGUUUCCGAAAUCUUCCACGGAAAGCUUGACAUUCUGGUGAACAAUGCAGCGAUGGAACUAACAAAGGACAUAUUAGAUCACACCGCUGAAGAUGUAUCAACUAUAAUGGCUAUAAAUUUUGAGUCUGUGUUUCAUUUGACUCAACUUGCACACCCACUUCUUAAACAAUCUGGAUAUGGGAGCAUAGUAUUUAUUUCAUCCAUUGCUGGUGCAAAAGCUAUUCCAUCUUUAUCUACUUAUUCAGCCGCUAAAGGAGCUAUGGAUAUAUUCACCAAGAACGUAGCAUUGGAAUGGGCAAAGGAUAACAUUCGUGCAAAUGCUGUAGCACCUGGACCAAUUUGGACUCCACUCCUUGAAUCUAUCAGGGAGAAAACUGGAGCAGAAGAGUAUGAUGGUAAUGUUACAUCUAAAAUACCUUGUGGUCGUAUAGGAGAAACCAAGGAAGUAUCACCACUGGUUGCUUUUCUUUGUCUCCCAGCUGCAUCAUACAUCACUGGACAGAUUUUAUAUGUAGACGGCGGUUUCACAUCUUAAAUCUCAAUUUCUCACUGCACAAUUAAUUAAGACUCACUUCUACUCUUCAAUUUUUAUUCUCCAUCGUUCAUAUGUUUCCUUUCAAUCUUGCUUACCAUCAUUGGUAGGCCAUCUUUUUCAUUUAUCUUAAAGUUCUUAAGCAUUUUCUCUCGUCUUAAAAUUGGUAUAUUUCGCCCCUAUAUGUUGUGUACAAAUAUUUGCUUAAUAAUUAUGAAUAUAACUUUUGAA